AUGUCGACCGUUGACGAUUUCCUGCAGCAGAUGUCAGAUUACCUCCAGGGUGCUGCAGACAGUGAAGCCACCAACACCAGCUGUGGCAUCUGCUCCGGCCCCUUCUUCCUACCUUUCCACUGGAGUCCCGAGAGCCCCCAUUCCUUCUGCCUGGAAUGUUUAUGGAAUUCUUUUGCUGGUUUUGACUCUGAAGUCAUUCUGGCUUGCCCGCUCUGCCGCUGCGAAGUUGUACAGCCUUUUUAUAACUGGGAAGUUCAUAACUAUAUGGAAUUGCAUGGCAUUCAGCCUGAACAGCCUCCGGUGGAGCAGCAGAAACUUCUGAUAGCCUUCCUCUUCAUCCGGAUCAGUAGUGUGGAUGAUGAGGUGAUGUGGGAUGUGGACCUUCGUGAGGAAAGAAUGCAGACUAGGUCGGGUAGUCCUAUCACUGUUGCAGCUGGGGAGCCUGGGAUCCCAGCAAUCCUUCUGGCUGCAAUGACCGCGACCAUUGGGGUGUACAAAUCGCUGGAGGACCUACCAAACCGUCGCCCUGAAGACCGCUGGAUCACUGCUCUCCUCAACCUUCGUGAUCAAAUUCCCAUGGAGAUCUUCCGCAGCCGAAUGCAGGGGAUUCGAUUUGUGGCAGAUGUGAUCCAGUUGACCCUGGAGGACUACAUGCCUGGCUAUCAGAGCUGGUAGUGGAGGAUGGGAACAUGGUAAGUGAUGAUCAGCAGGUCUGAGAGCAUUGAACCUGACCACUACCUUAUAGCUGGAUAAUGAUGGUUUGGAGAGGGAAAGAAAGGAGAAAGAAAGAUGGAAGCAGAUAAGCGCAG